GGGAGGGCUUUCUCUGCAGAUUGGAGGAGCUCGAUAGACGGCAGAGUGAGUCUGAGGGAGACCGAGAGAGAGAGGGGGAUCUCUGAGGCACCGCUCGGAGAGCAUUGUCUCCUUGGGCUGAUUGUGUAUGGUUUUAUUCACAAUGAAAGCAACGGCAUAGGCAAAAGAGGGAAUGGCUUGUGAAUUGUCCCAGUCCUGCCACCUGCAGUCGGACAUCCUCCUCCUCCGCCUCUGAAGGACAUCAGUUGUUUAUGGGAACUACUGGCAUUGGUCUCCUGAGGAUAUAGCUCUCCCUUUGGGACGCCAUUUUUCCACCCUCGCUGAGACACGGUGUGGUCGGGAGACAUGGCUAACAACUCAUACAGCGGGGUGAAGAACUCUGUGGCAGAGCCCAAUCACAAUGGAGAGUUUGGCUGCUCGCUUAAAGAGCUGCGCUCUCUUAUGGAACUGCGAGGGGCUGAAGGAUUACAAAAAAUCCAGGAAACGUAUGCGGACGUUAAUGGACUUUGCAACAGACUGAAAACAUCGGCAGUAGAUGGUUUAAGUGGGCAACCCUCAGAUAUUGAAAAAAGAAAAGCAGCAUUUGGACAGAACUUUAUACCUCCGAAAAAGCCAAAAACCUUUCUUCAGUUAGUAUGGGAAGCAUUACAGGAUGUAACAUUGAUUAUUUUGGAAGUGGCAGCAAUAGUUUCUUUAGGCCUUUCUUUUUAUAAACCUCCAGAUGCAGGAGACAAAAAUUGCGUGGCGAAAAGGGGUGCAGAACCUGAGGAAGAAGGAGAGACAGGAUGGAUAGAAGGUGCAGCUAUCCUCCUGUCUGUUGUUUGUGUGGUGCUCGUGACUGCCUUUAAUGACUGGAGUAAAGAGAAACAGUUCCGUGGCUUACAGAGCCGCAUUGAACAAGAGCAGAAGUUUACGGUGGUUCGGGGAGGGCAGGUCAUUCAGAUCCAUGUGGCCGAGAUCGUCGUCGGGGACAUUGCACAAAUAAAAUAUGGCGACCUCCUGCCCGCUGAUGGUGUUCUCAUCCAGGGCAACGACCUCAAAAUAGACGAGAGCUCUUUAACCGGAGAGUCUGACCAUGUCAAGAAAUCGUUGGACAAAGAUGCUAUGCUGCUGUCAGGUACACACGUCAUGGAGGGCUCUGGAAAAAUCGUGGUCACUGCUGUCGGAGUCAAUUCCCAAACUGGAAUCAUCUUCACUUUAUUGGGGGCAGGAGAAGAUGAUGAUGAUGAGGAAGAGAAAGAGAAGAAAAAAGAAAAGGAGCGAAAGAAAGAGAAGAAAAAUAAAAAGCAGGAUGGCUCUGUGGAGAACCGAAAGAAAGCAAAAGCCCAGGAUGGGGCUGCAAUGGAGAUGCAGCCUCUAAACAGUGAUGAAGGGGCUGAUGGUGAGGAGAAGAGAAAAGCCAACUUGCCAAAGAAAGAGAAAUCGGUCUUGCAAGGGAAGCUGACCAAAUUGGCGGUCCAAAUCGGAAAAGCAGGUUUGUUGAUGUCAGCCAUCACCGUGAUCAUCUUGGUGGUGCUGUUCGUGGUGAAUACUUUCUGGUGGGAUGAAGUUUCCUGGGAUUCAGAAUGUAUACCCAUCUACAUCCAGUUCUUUGUUAAGUUCUUCAUCAUUGGUGUGACCGUACUGGUGGUGGCCGUUCCUGAGGGCCUUCCGCUGGCUGUUACCAUCUCAUUGGCUUACUCUGUCAAAAAAAUGAUGAAAGACAAUAAUUUAGUGAGGCAUCUUGAUGCCUGCGAAACCAUGGGCAAUGCCACAGCCAUCUGUUCGGAUAAGACAGGAACACUGACUAUGAAUCGGAUGACAGUAGUUCAGGUUUUUAUUGCUGACAAGCACUACAGGAAAGUCCCUGAGCCUGAUGUUGUCCCUGCCAGCACCAUGGAACGGCUCGUACUGGGCAUCAGUGUCAACUGUGCUUACACCACCAAAAUUAUGCCCCCUGAGAAGGAGGGAGGCCUGAAUCGUCAGGUGGGCAACAAAACUGAAUGUGCCUUGCUGGGCUUUGCCUUGGACUUGAAAAAAGACUAUCAAGCAAUCCGCAACGAAAUCCCUGAGGAGAAGCUUUACAAAGUCUACACCUUCAACUCCGUCAGGAAAUCCAUGAGCACCGUGCUAAAAAAUGAUGACGGAAGCUUUCGGAUGUUCAGCAAAGGAGCCUCAGAGAUUCUGCUGAAGAAGUGCUAUAAAAUCCUGACAUCGACGGGUGAAGCGAAGGUUUUCCGGCCCAGGGACAGAGAUGAUAUGGUGAAGAGAGUAAUCGAACCUAUGGCCUCUGAGGGCCUGAGGACCAUCUGCAUGGCUUACAGGGACUUUCCUGCUGCUGAAGGAGAACCAGACUGGGAUAAUGAGGCCGAAAUCCUUACCAGGCUCACUUGUGUGUGUGUCGUGGGCAUUGAAGAUCCGGUCAGGCCUGAGGUCCCUGAUGCCAUUAGAAAGUGCCAGCGUGCUGGAAUCACGGUGCGCAUGGUCACGGGGGACAACCUUAAUACUGCCCGCGCUAUAGCAACUAAAUGUGGCAUCCUGCAGGUAGGAGAUGAUUUCCUCUGCUUGGAGGGCAAGGAGUUCAACCGCCGGAUCCGUAAUGAAAAGGGAGAGAUCGAACAAGAGCGGAUUGACAAAAUAUGGCCUAAACUCCGGGUGCUGGCGAGAUCUUCGCCCACAGACAAGCAUACACUAGUUAAAGGAAUAAUUGACAGCACCGUUGUGGAGCAGAGACAGGUUGUUGCAGUAACAGGAGACGGCACCAAUGAUGGCCCUGCCUUAAAAAAGGCCGAUGUUGGGUUUGCCAUGGGUAUAGCCGGCACUGACGUGGCUAAAGAAGCCUCAGAUAUCAUCCUCACUGACGACAACUUUAGCAGCAUUGUCAGGGCCGUCAUGUGGGGGCGAAAUGUCUACGACAGCAUUUCAAAAUUCCUCCAGUUCCAGCUCACCGUCAACGUGGUGGCUGUGAUUGUGGCCUUCACUGGAGCUUGCAUCACACAGGACUCUCCUUUGAAAGCUGUACAGAUGUUAUGGGUAAAUCUCAUUAUGGACACACUUGCCUCUUUGGCCUUGGCCACUGAACCCCCCACUGAAUCUCUUCUGCUGAGGAAGCCUUAUGGCCGUAAUAAACCACUCAUCUCUAGGACAAUGAUGAAAAACAUAUUAGGUCAUGCCGUCUACCAGCUCAUCAUCAUCUUUACUCUACUGUUUGCUGGUGAGAAGAUGUUCGACAUUGACAGCGGACGUUACGCCGAGCUUCACGCUCCCCCAUCUGAGCACUACACCAUUGUCUUCAACACCUUUGUGAUGAUGCAGCUGUUCAAUGAAAUUAAUGCACGGAAAAUCCACGGAGAACGAAACGUCUUUGAAGGCAUUUUCAACAAUAUGAUCUUCUGCACCAUUGUCUUUGGGACAUUCGUUAUUCAGAUUGUGAUCGUGCAAUUUGGAGGAAAGCCGUUCAGCUGUGUGGGUUUAAACAUUGAACAGUGGCUAUGGUGCAUCUUCUUGGGCUUUGGAUGUCUACUCUGGGGACAGGUCAUCUCCACAAUCCCCACAAGCCGGCUGAAGUUCCUGAAGACUGCUGGUCAUGGAACGCAGAAGGAGGAGAUCCCAGAUGAGGAGUUGGAGGAGCUGGAAGACCUUGAUGAAAUCGACCACGCCGAGCGAGAGCUCCGCAGGGGGCAGAUCCUCUGGUUUAGAGGCCUCAACCGCAUUCAGACUCAGAUGGAUGUAGUGAGUGCGUUCCAGAGCGGAAUUUCCUUUCAGGCGGCCGUCAGGCGCCAGCCCUCCAGCGGCAGCCAACAGCACGAUAUCCGGGUGGUGAAUGCAUUCCGCAGCUCGCUGUCACCCUAUGAGGGCCUGGAGAAGCCAGAGUCUCGAACCUCCAUCCACAACUUCAUGACCCACCCAGAGUUCCGGAUAGAGGACUCGGAGCCCCACAUCCCUCUCAUCGACGACACGGACGCGGAGGACGAUGCUCCCACAAAGAGAAAUGCGACCCCUACACCUCCUCCUCCUCCCUCACCCAAUCAGAACAAUAAUGCCGUCGACAGCGGCGUGCACCUCUUCCUGGAUCCCAGCAAAUCAGCUACACCUUCAGCUCCCGGGAGCCCCAUGCACAGCCUAGAGACGUCCCUUUGAUCAACUCCGGCCCUCGGUACGACACACAACACCUGUUCAUCUCCACAGAGACUGAAGCCUGGAGAACUCAUUGGAUAAGAGUGGCGGAGCCAAGGAGCUCUCGGGAGCUUAGCCCUUAGCUUUCGCUUCUCUUUAUCUGGAUGGUGUUGUUCUUUUUUUUUUUUUCUUUUUGCCCUUUGCUUAUUAAAACACUGAUUUCUGCA